UGAGAAGAAGCCUGCGUCGCAAUGAAAAUCUCGUACAUCCUCCCGCCCGCAAAAAGCAAACACACACACACACACAGCCAACCCACCAGCAACAACCCAAACGGGGAAUUAUCCUCUCAGCCAGGCACCGUCUUCAAGUUGCAAACUGGACUGCCCCUCCCGAAAUCAUCCACCCACAUAUUCCAAGAUCAAUUGAUGUUCUUCUACAGAAACUCCCCACCCCCCUGACUCACAGUACUAACCCCCAACAUUCCACACUCCGCCCCCAAAUCCGAAGAUACACCGACAACAAGAAAAAAAAUGAUAAAUCUACCUUUCCCAAUUAAUCAACUAAUUCAAUCCGCCACAUUGAAUGACCCGGCCUAAAAACACCUGUUGCUAUUUUCUUUCCAACCAUUGCGCCUCCCCUCACCUCAUACGUCGAGGGCGGGAUGCCAACGAAAGUGAGACAUGGCGGACUUGGCAGGAUCCGUGAUUUGAUAUCCCAGAACAAAUAUUUUCCUGUUUUGAUCCUUGUCCUCAUUAGGGUUUUAAGCGACCUCUAAAA